CGGCGUAUUUUAGUUGUCAGACAGCUUCGAUAAAGAUGCCAAAGAGGCCGUCCGUAUUCGAAGUAACGUCACCAAGUCUAUAAGCAUUUUCAGUUUAAUUUAAGUUAUUGCAUAUUUGUAUAUAUUACUAUUAAUUUUAAAUAUUAAUCACUAAAAAUACAAAAGCAGUGAUAAAUUAGGGGAAUAUUUACUGGAACGCGGCUGCAAUGAACUAACACUAUUUGAAGACAAAGCGGUAGAAACAACGAAUUCCAGUCGAUGUGAUGGAAGACAUGGGGGCAGACAGUAGAGAUGUGCCACAUACAGACUUCAUCUACUGUGGUGGGGCCGCCACAGAGGUCCUGAAGUUUGGCUCUGUUAAGUUACAUCCCGGACACAAAAUCCUGUUCCUUAUCAUUCCAGGUAACCCAGGUGUGGUGGGCUUCUACACAACCUUCAUGCAAACACUUCAUAGCAUGUUCAACUACCGCCAUCCUGUGUGGGCUUUGAGCCACGCUGGUCACUGUGCACCUCCAGACUCCAUGGACAUGAUAGAAGAAUCCUCGUUGGCAGCAGAUGCUGAUGUAUUUGGUCUGGACAGUCAGAUCAAACACAAACUGAGCUUCCUCAGGAAACAUGUUCCCAGAGAAACCAGUCUAGUCCUGAUUGGCCACUCCAUCGGCUGCUACAUUAUUCUGGAGAUGAUGAAGCUAGAUCCUGAACUCAAGGUUGUUAAGGCCGUCCUGCUUUUUCCCACUAUUGAGCGCAUGGCUCAGACCCCUCAGGGGAAGGUCAUGACCCCUGUGCUGUGUUACAUGCGUUACAUAGCCUACCUGCCUGUCUUCCUGCUCUCCCUGCUGCCUGAGAGCCUCAAAAGCAUCUUGAUCACACUGGUGCUAGGUGGCAUUCGUUCUCUGGACGUCACUGUAGUCAAGCCUGCUGUAAGUCUGCUCAGCGGAGACUGUGCAGCCAAUGCCAUGUACAUGGGCAGCCAGGAAAUGAGGAAGGUAUGGGGGAGAGACAAUGUCACUAUCCAGGAAAAUCUGGGAAAGCUUAUCUUUUAUUAUGGAGCAUCAGACCAUUGGUGUCCUGUACAAUAUUAUCAAGACAUCAAGCGGGACUUUCCACAUGGACAUAUCAGACUGUGCGACAAAGGGUUCCGCCACGCCUUCGUCCUGGAUGCUGGAAGAGACGUAGCCAGAAUGGUGUCAGAAUGGAUCCAUGGAGACCUGAAGACAUGACUCAGAUACUUGAAUAAAGACACUCUGCCUACAGACCUGCUGGCACUGGUCCCUGGCAAAGGAAGUAUUGGCAUGGAUUACAGAAUGAAUGAAAAAACUAAUUUGUCGUAAUGAAAAUGUGUCAAAUUUCAUUUUUAGUGCUUUAGUUUGCAAAUAUAGUUCUUUAAUAUAACUUGUAGAUACACUGUACUGUAUCAGUUAGUCUGACUACUCACGCAAGCCUCCAAAAGAAGUGAAAACCCAGAUCAAUGUUUUUGAUUUCAUAUGCAAAUUGUCUUCUGUUUUCAGUCAGUGUUGUCUCUCUCGCAUAAUCCAGUCAUUUGUAGUGGACCAAAUGUCAGUUUAUUGCCACACGUUUCAGUGAAAUCUACCUGUUUGUCAGUUGAGGGGCCCAGUGAGAUGAUUCAUCAAUGCAAUAUCUCAAUAUAUUGUACAGGUCUUUUAUUUCCAUUACAGGUGGAUGUAUAACAUGAAGGCUAAAGAAGAAACUAUAAUACAUAACAGCAAACUAUUACAGGGUUUAAACAUUUAUGUGAAAAUAAUAUAAUAAUACAAUUAUAACAUUUAA